UUUUUUCCUCCCAUCUCAUAUUUUUACCAUGUCCCUUAAGGGGCUCCGUAGACCCACAUUGAUUGACAAGCAAAGGAAAAUACACAUCUUGUGAGAAAAUAGCAGCAGCAGGACCAAACCUCUGAACAUGUUGAACAGAUUAAUAACAGAUUAAUACUUAAUUCUCAAGCCUUUAUUUUUUCACUUUUUGAAGAAUCAGUGAUUGGCUUUUAUUUAUAGAAUUUUCCGGCUUAUGAGGGUCUGAUUGAUCUAGAUCUAUUCUUUUCCUUCCUGCAUUCUGUUGUUGACUCAAACUGUUCUUGUCACUCACUGACAGAGUAAACUCACGGACUGUUUGCUGUUUGUUAAUAAGUAAAGAUUGCACACUGCGUAGAAAGUUUCCCAUGGAAAUGCAUACUGCCUCCUUUGUCUUUCAUUGCAUACGCUCUCUCUGUCUCGCUGAAAUACAUCAGAUACAUGCUUUCAUCUUCAAUGUCAAACAGUGCGUACACAUGUUGUAAUGUGCGUCACGCUCCGUGUACCCACUCCCACUCUGGACAGCUAACUGUUUUCCAUGGUGUGUGUCUGUGUGUGUGCCUGUUUGAUCCAUCAUUUCCAUCGUGGAAUUCGAUGCUUGAUAGCUGUGUGAGUGGACUUGCAUAGACUGCCAGCUGUUGAAACCUAGGCUCCCCGUGUGUGUGUAUGUGUGUGUGCGCGCGUAUGCGUGAGAGAGGCACUAUGCAGUCGGAGCUCCACACACACAGAGCAUGCCUGUGAGUGCGGGCUCGGGCAAACAUGAGCCUUCCCAGCCCAGAGAUCGUCCACAGCAGCAGCCUGAACUCCCGUCUGAGCCCCCCUCUGCCCUCCCCCUCUCUCUCCCUCUCUCGCUGCCUCUCUCUCUCCCUCUCCUCAUCUACUCUCGCCCUGCGCAGCCUCUUCCCCGCCACCUCUCCAGCACCAGCCGGGGGGACAGCUCCCGCUCUCCGCACGCUGACGUUUGCCGAGCGCCGGACGGCCCCAUGGAGGAACCCCAGGGCAACACACUGGUCGUCCGCAUAGGCAUCCCUGACCUGCAGCAAACGAAAUGCAUGAAAUUUAACGUGGAGUCGCCCAUCUGGUUGUCUAAACAACGAAUCCUCUGCACACUCAACCAGAGCCUGAAGGAUGUGCUAAACUACGGACUCUUCCAGCCUGCAUACAACGGCAAAGCCGGAAAGUUCCUGGAUGAGCAGCGCACACUGAAGGAAUACCCACUUCCUGACAUCUCUCCUGUCCCAUACCUUGAGUUUCGCUACAAGAGGCGAGUGUACACACAGACCCACCUGGAUGAAAAACAGCUGUCGAAACUUCACACUAAGGCUAACUUGAAAAAGUUUAUGGAAUAUGUUCAGCAAAGGAACGUUGAGAAGGUAUCAAAGUUUCUGGAGAAAGGUCUUGACCCAAACUUCCAUGACCCAGAGACCGGAGAAUGUCCGUUGACGAUGGCGUCGCAGCUGGAAGGCUGCGCAGAGCUCAUAAAGGUUCUGAAGAAUGGAGGAGCUCACCUGGAUUUCAGGACCAGAGACGGCAUAACUGCCCUUCACAAAGCAGUCCGCACCAAGAACCACACGGCACUUAUAACGCUGCUGGACUUGGGCGCCUCUCCGGAUUACAAGGACAGUCGUGGCCUGACUCCACUGUAUCACAGCUCUAUGGUGGGGGGCGACCCGUACUGCUGCGAGCUCCUGCUGCAUGAUCACGCUCAGGUGGGCUGCAUGGAUGAGAACGGCUGGCAGGAGAUUCACCAGGCUUGCCGUCACGGACAUGUGCAGCAUCUUGAACACCUGCUGUUCUAUGGAGCAGACAUGAGCGCUCAGAAUGCUUCUGGAAACACUGCCCUGCACGUGUGUGCUCUCUAUAACCAGGAUAGCUGCGCAAGAGUGCUGCUGUUCAGAGGGGCGAAUAAGGAGAUUAAGAACUACAACAGCCAAACUGCCUUCCAGGUGGCUAUUAUAGCUGGGAACUUUGACCUGGCAGAAAUUAUAAAGACUCACAAAGCAUCAGAUGUUGUGCCUUUCAGGGAAACGCCUUCCUACACAAAUCGCCGGCGCGUGACUGGAGGCGACACUCUGACAUCAUCACGCUCGCUGCCUCGCUCCGCCUCCGACAACAAUCUGAACAACGUGGCUGACUCCGGCCCCGGCCACUCCCCCGUGCCGUCUCUGAGGAGCCUGCCCCCUUUGGCGCACUCCGGGAUCGACACGGCGGCCGACGGCAGCCUGCAGAGCACAGGCAGCUCACUUUCCUCACACUCCCGCUCGCCCUCCCUCCAGCGCGUCACCGAGGAGUCCGGCACGCACGCAGUACGCCGACACACACCCCUCACGCACUCCCACAGCCGGGGACGCCUCAGCCCGGGGACGGUCCAGCGGGACCCCAGCCCUCCUCCCGCGGGGCCCUCGCACACACUCUCAGGAGCCCGGGGCCCCAAACGGAAACUCUACAGCGCUGUGCCGGGGCGCACCUUCAUCGUGGUCAAACCGUACACGCCGCAGGGAGAGGGAGAGAUCCAGUUGAACCGUGGAGAGAGGGUCAAAGACCACCACUCAAACGCAGUGGAAGUGUUAAGUAUAGGAGAAGGGGGAUUCUGGGAGGGCACUGUAAAAGGAAGAACUGGUUGGUUUCCUGCAGACUGCGUGGAGGAGGUACAGAUGAGACAGUUCGAUCCUCGACUUGAGACGAGAGAGGAUCGAACUAAGAGGCUGUUCAGACAUUACACUGUGGGCUCCUAUGACAACUUUACCUCAUAUAGUGAUUACAUCAUCGAGGAGAAGAACGCUGUGCUCCAGAAGAAAGAGAAUGAGGGAUUCGGCUUUGUCUUGCGAGGAGCAAAAGCGGAGACACCCAUUGAAGAGUUUACACCCACACCUGCCUUUCCCGCACUGCAGUACCUGGAGUCUGUGGAUGUUGAGGGUGUGGCCUGGAGGGCAGGGCUAAGAACUGGUGACUUCCUCAUUGAGGUGAAUGGUGUAAACGUGGUAAAAGUGGGACACAAGCAGGUGGUGUCACUCAUCCGGCAGGGAGGAAAUAGCCUCCUGAUGAAGGUGGUGUCAGUCACACGCAAGCCAGAGUCUGAGGAAUCAGUCAGGAAGAAGGCGCCCCCGCCUCCAAAAAGAGCACCCAGCACCACCCUUACCUUGAGGUCCAAAAGCAUGACUGCUGAGCUUGAAGAGCUAGCCUCUGCAAGGAGGAGAAGAGGGGAAAGGCUAGAUGAGAUUUUGGCCUCUCAGGAGACAGUACUGAGGCCAAAGGUAGAAGCAGACUACAGAGCAGCCACGGUGAAGCAACGUCCUACCAGUCGCCGAAUGACACCAGCAGAAAUCAGUUCUCUUUUUGAGCGGCAAGGACUUGCUCUUCAUGGUGCUCUUCACCCAGCGUUGGAAAAAGCCCACAUGCAGCUGCCGAAAAGCAUGGCUAGGACAAAGUCUUUUGGAGCAACCGAAGAGGAUCGACUAUCUGCCCUGGCAGCGGAACACAGGUUUCCACGGAGCUCCUCCAUGACAGACAGCCUGAGAGACAGCCAUAGUAUUCCUCCACCUCCCCAAACGGCUCCCCCACCUCCCCCGUCGCUUUACUACCUAGAUACUGGACCACCUCCUUCGUUCUGCCCGCCCCCUCCCCCUGGCCGCAUUCAUGACCCCAGCCGCAUUCAUGACCCCAGCCGUUCCAGUUUUAAACCAGGCUCUGAGCCGAGACUGCACGCUUUGCCACAGACAAUGUCCGCUGAGCUUUUUGAGCCGCCUCGCCAUGCCUCCCACAUGGAUCGGCAGAAGAAAGCCCGCUCCAUGAUCAUUCUGCAGGACUCCUCCCACCUCCCCGUGGAGCCUACUGACAUCCCCAGGCCAGGUGCUGUCUCAACUCCACCGGAGAGGAUCAAGCGGAAAGGUCGAGUCAUCGAUAACCCCUACGCCAAUGUGGGACAGUUCAGCGUAGGCCUGUUUGCGCCGCCUCCCAGCAAGCCACAGCGGAGGAAGAGCCCACUUGUAAAGCAACUGCAGGUGGAAGAUGCUCAGGAGAGAGCCUCACUAGCACUGGCAUCCAUCCAUGCGAGAGAGCACUCUCCCUCUGGGCGCCUAGCUGCCCACCACACCAGCAGGGCUGAUUUCUAUCAGCAGCAGCAGCAGCUGUUGAAGGAACGCAGUCAAGCUCAAGCUGAGGGAAUGUUGCAAGGAAAAGGACCUUUUGCUGCUGCAAUUGCUGAUGCUGUGAAAGACCGGGAACGUCGUCUGGAGGAGAGGCGGAAAUCCACAGUCUUCCUAUCAGUGGGCACUAUGGAGGGCAGUUCAGCACCACCCCCAGAGGCCCCCUCACUCACACCAUCACGUUCUGUCGAUGAACGAAUGCUCACACGUGAACUUGGUCAGUUGCCUCCUCCCGCCUUGGCAUUGCGUCCCUCUCCUGGGGGCACCACCUUCAUUCACCCACUGACGGGCAAGCCCCUGGACCCCAACUCUCCAUUGGCACUUGCGCUGGCCGCAAGGGAACGAGCAUUAACCUCCCAGAGUCAGUCCCCUUCAAGCAGCCCUGAGCCCAGAACUAAACAUGAAGCUGCUGGAGGGGUGCUGUAUAUGGAGACCCAGACCAAAGAGGCUGAGCGGUCAGAGGGUGAGGGGGAGUUUGCCUCACCUCCCUUUUCCCCUGCGGCAAAAAGAAUUUACGAGACCUCUGCCCCCACCAGCAAAAUUCAGUGGGGAAGUCCCAUAUCCACCAGGAAAGAGUUAGAAGCGAGGACAGAAAGGAAGGAGGAGAGGAAAAUUGAGGACAAGAAGAGUAUGAUCAUCAGCAUCAUGGACACAUCUCAGCAGAAAACUGCUGGGCUUAUCAUGGUUCAUGCAACGAGUAAUGGGCAGGCCGUGGGGCCCAGCCCAGAGCACAGUGUCCCCUCUCCUAAGGGGGCUUUGUCAGAGAGCCCAAAACCCAUGCUGGCUGAAAUAAAACGCGCCAAGUCCCCAGGUCCCGACACUCCUUCGAUAUCAACCCCACCUCCAGCUACACCUCCAGCUUCCCAGCCAUCUCCCAGCCCGGCCUCAGAUAAAACUCUGGCUCAGGGUAGUUCUGAGGAGGAUGUUGAUCCCUACACAGUCACCUUGCCACCUGCCAUGCUGUCCUCCAGUGAUGAGGAGACGCGAGAGGAGCUCCGUAAAAUUGGUGUGGUUCCUCCACCGGAUGAAUUUGCCAAUGGCCUUCUUGGAAAGACACCUGAAACUGCAGUACCUCCUGUUUCUACGUUGGUGCAGACAACUCCUUCUGCCCUUCCCUCAGCUCCACCCCCACCCCCUGCCCCUCCAGCAGCGGUCACCGCAGCAGCACAGGUCCCUGCUAGCAGUGGCCUGCAAGCAGCCUCAGGGAAGCCAUCUGAGUCCCACCUGGGCCCAGAGUCUGCUGCUGACUCCGGAGUGGAAGAGGUAGACACUCGUAGCUCCAGCGAUCACCACCUGGAGACCACGAGCACCAUCUCCACUGUCUCCAGCAUGUCUACACUGUCCUCGGAAAGCGGCGAGCCCACGGACACCUACACCACCCACGCAGAUGGCCAGACGUUCAUUCUUGAUAAGCCGCCAGUGCCUCCAAAGCCAAAGCUCAAGUCCCAGCUCAGCAAGGGCCCGGUGACAUUCAGGGACCCCCUGCUUAAGCAGUCAUCUGAUAGCGAACUGCUCUCACAGCAGCAUGCUGCUGCGCUGGCUGCUGCUGCGGGAGCCUCAGGCCCGGCCAGACCCCGCUACCUCUUCCAGAGACGCUCCAAGUUGUGGGGGGACCCUGUGGAACCCCGUCCGCUUUCGGGGACAGAGGAAGGCAAGCCCACUGUGAUCAGUGAGCUCAGCUCACGGCUGCAGCAGCUGAACAAGGACACACGCUCACUUGGGGAAGAGCCACUUGGAGCUUCACUUGACCCCGGAAGGAAAUCACCCGUGGUUGGUGCAAGACUCUUCAGUAGUUUGGGGGAGCUCCAUACUAUCUCUCAGAGAGGCUACGGCACCACCUACACCAUCAGACCAGGCAGCCGCUACCCAGUGACCCGGAGGACGCCCAGCCCCGGUUCCCCGGACCGCUCGGAUCCUCUGGGACCCAUCCGGGGCUUUGGUCUGGCCACUUCCCCCAUCACACCCCCCACCAUCCUUAAGUCGUCUAGCCUCAGUCUCCCUCACGAACCGAAAGAAGUGCGUUUCGUCAUGAGGAGCUCCAGUGCGCGCAGUCGCUCUCCCUCUCCCGCCCCCUCGCCAGGCAUGCCCUCCCCCCUGCUCGCACUUCGGCCGUUCCACCAGAAGCCCCUCCACCUGUGGAACAAGUAUGACGUGGGUGACUGGCUGGCCAGCAUAAACCUGGCUGAACACCGGGAGCGAUUCCAAGAGCAUGAGAUAGAGGGCUCCCAUCUGCCCGCUCUGACCAAGGAGGACUUCGCUGAGCUGGGCGUGACGCGCGUCGGUCAUCGCAUGAACAUUGAGCGCGCUCUUAAACUGCUGCUGGAGAGUUGACCAUGCGCCUCCCUCUGCCUGUAGCUAGUCUUGACAUACUUUUAUUUUUUUGAUUUUCCUUUUUGCUUGUCUUUUCAUUUUUCUUGUGAUUCUUGAGCUUUAAAGCGAAAGUGUGUCAUUUUGAUGUUAAAGGUAUAGUUCACCCCAAAAUGAAAAUCCUGCCAUCAUUUACUCCCUCUCAAGUUGUUCCAAACCUGUAUAUAUUUCUUUGUUCUGCUGAACACAAAGAAAGAUAUUUGGAAGAAUGUUUGUAACCAAGCAGAUCCCGCCCCCCAUCGACUAUGUAAUAAUAUGGGGAGAUUUGCUUGGU